AUGCCUGGUUCCUGUGAGGUGUGUUCUUCGGAACCAUCCAAAUACCGCUGUCCGACAUGCGCACUCAUGAGCUGUUCGCUUGCAUGUACCCAAUCCCAUAAGAUCUACUGCGCGCCCAAGGUGACCCCCACGAUCGAGGAACCAACCGAGACAUCAGCCACCAACACUCAGCACUCACAAACCAACGGUGAAACCGGGCCCGAUACGGGUAAUAUCUCAGGCCAGCUCAGCGAAUCCUCUCCUGCAGCUAUAGCCGCCUCGACCGAGCUUCAGGCCCUCCUUCAGCGCUAUCCUCAGCUACGUAGUCAGUUGCACGAAAUCUACCGAGCAGCACAAGAAGAUGAAUGGGUCGAGUGGUACACCCCACCGAGUCGAGGAAGAAUGCAUGGCCGCGGAGGAAGAGGACCUUCUCGUCGAAGCCGGGGACCAUGGAAUUCUGAGAAAGGCUUCAACCGUGCCCUAGGCAAGGUACGGAAGCUUAGGCAAGGUUGCGAGGAAGGGACCGAGACUGGGGUAGUAGCCGAGGCGUUUAUGCAAUUCUUAACUCUGCUUAAUUGUGGUUCCAACGCUCAGAUGCCAAACUCGGCCUAG